AUGGGAGUGUAUGAGGAGCGCGCCCCUCCUACCACCGGCAUGCACUGGCAGCCGGCCAGCUCGCAGGAGCGUGGCAGCGGCUUGGCUGUGGGGCGUCAAGGGGGGCCCGGCAGCGCGGGGGGGCCCGGUGCAGUGGACCAGGCGAGGGACCUAAGUCCCUGCCUCCCUGCGUCUAUGGGCGACGCUGCACGACCUACCACCUUGCCGUGCAGUCCUCCUGCCGCCCACCACCACGGGCCCCAUCAUACGCCCCUGCAUCAGACCCAUUGUGGCACCAACAACAACUGCUACGACGGGCCCACCACCCCCUACGACUCCAGGGACUAUGAUUCUCCUGGAGGUGGCCAGGAGUACAGGAACAACAACAACAGCAACUUCGAGAACCCGAGCGACCUGAGCAUGCCCCCUCAGACCGCGCACCACCACCAUCAUCACCAUCACUCGCACCUCCAUCCGCAGACUCACUCGCAGGAGCAGCAGACCACGGAGCACUUGCACGCGAUCCCGAAGCUGGAGCCACCGCCCACCCCGCCGGCCCAGUCCGACGAUGUCCCGGGGGUGGUUUGCGCCGGAUGCGGCCUCCGGAUAUCCGACAGGUUUUACCUGCAGGCAGUGGACAGGCGGUGGCACGCUGCUUGCCUGCAGUGCUCCCACUGUCGCCAGGGCCUCGACGGCGAAGUCACCUGCUUCAGCAGGGACGGAAACAUUUACUGCAAGAAGGACUACUAUCGAAUGUUCGGCAGCAUGAAGCGGUGCGCUCGAUGCCAAGCUGCGAUCCUCGCGUCGGAAUUGGUUAUGCGAGCCAGGGAUCUGGUGUUCCACGUUCGUUGCUUCUCUUGCGCUGCUUGCGCGGUUCCUCUGACCAAGGGUGAUCAUUUUGGCAUGAGGGACGGCGCGGUCCUCUGUCGGAUGCAUUACGAGAUGGCGGCGGAACUGCAUCCUUCCCAGAGUCCUCCAGUUCCGGUUUAUCCACCUGGCCCUCACUAUCCCGGUCAACCAUUCCCCUCGCCAGAAUUCCUUCACCAUCAUCAUCAUCAUCCACCGCACCCUCACCACUCGAUGCAUCCGCAGCAUCCGCAUAGUCACGUGAGCCCGGUACCGCUUCAACCGUCGACGCCGUCUGUGCCCGACGCUGGCUCACCCCCCAAGGUACCGUACUUCAAUGGCGCCGCCGUGGUGCCGCCACCGAGACAGAAGGGCAGGCCUAGGAAGAGGAAACCUAAGGAUCUCGAAGCUAUGACCGCUAAUAUAGAUUUGAACGCGGACUACAUAGAUAUGCCCUUCGGCAGAGGAGGGCCGACGACUCCUGGCAUACCUGGUUCCAACAGCAGAACAAAACGAAUGAGAACGAGUUUCAAGCAUCACCAGUUAAGGACGAUGAAGAGUUACUUCGCGAUCAAUCACAAUCCAGACGCGAAGGAUCUCAAGCAACUUUCCCAGAAAACUGGCUUGCCAAAAAGGGUGCUGCAGGUCUGGUUCCAGAACGCCCGCGCAAAAUGGCGGCGCAUGGUGCUGAAGCAGGAGGGGAAGUCGGACAAGUGCGACGGCAGUGUGGACGGCGGUUCCCUUGGCGACCUUGAGCUUUAUGGGAACAGCACCGGAAGCGGUGGCCCGCCGAUGAGCCCUCCAUUCAUGCUGGGCGGUCCACAUAGUCCCGCGUCCUUGGCGUCCUUGGACUGCGCGUGA